UACAUGAAAUAGGCCUCUGUGUUUGCAAAGAGGUAAAGAGGCGGAAAAGAGAGGGGAUCUGAACUGGUUUUCCAUGUCAAACACUUCAAUUCUCCAUAGAAACUCUGAUCUUAACGCGGAAACUUUAUUAAACCCUGAUGGUGGAUUGAUAAGACCGAAUUUCUCUCGGAUCUUUUUAUUGUGGAGACCGGGGAGAGAUGACAGAGGCAAAUUGCUCUUUUAAUUAAAGCAAUGCACCAGAGGAAAUUGCUGUCUGAAUAUUGUCUCCGAGAUGGGGUUUGUGACAGUUGCCUGGAAACUUCAAUCUGUCCCACAUUUAUUCCAGAUCACAGUUAUGAGAUAAAGUUUAAUAAAAAUCUUUGCCCGAAUGAAAUCCAACCCUUUCUUGAACAACAGCUACAAUGAGACAGAACUGCGGAGGAAACCUUAUGUUUAACAUGUAUCUCUCAGAUCCAACAGAAAAUCUGUUGAAAGAAAGCAAAGGUGCAUCCUGGAGUCCCAUAAACACAGGAGUGCAAAAAGGCAGUGGACAGAUUCAGCUAUGGCAGUUUCUCCUCGAACUCCUGUCAGACAGCGCCAACAUGUCCUGCAUCGCCUGGGAAGGGACGAAUGGAGAAUUCAAGCUAAUUGAACCAGAUGAGGUGGCCCGGCGAUGGGGCGAGCGCAAAAGCAAGCCCAACAUGAACUACGACAAACUCAGCCGCGCAUUGCGGUACUACUAUGACAAAAACAUCAUGACAAAGGUCCAUGGGAAGCGAUAUGCUUACAAGUUCGACUUUCACGGGUUGGCUCAGGUUUGUCAACCCUCAUCAACAGAGCAAGCUCUUUAUAAAUUCCAGAGUAAUUUUGCCCCCAUUCCCUUUUCGGGGAUUUCAAAGCUAAACCUGGUUGGUCCAGGCGUCGGUUCGUCUGGAUUCUCUUAUUGGCCGGGGUCGCCACCGACUCUCUACCACAGUCACAACCUCCAACCGCCGGGACCGUUUGGCUCUGUGUCUGCCUCGCACAUCAGCUGCGUCAACAACAUCAACAACCUGAAUAAUAUCAAUAACCACUACAAUUGACUCCUAUUAACUCUACCAAUAACGUUGUUAAAAAAGGCCUAAUCAUAAUUCACAAUGGUAGCUGAAGGCGCGCGCCUUUUUAAAUUAGGUCUCUGAAUUAUGAUUUUUCCUCUUGUGGACCAACAUUUUUUUUUUUAAAUCCUCAAUAAAUGGGUCUAUGGGAAAAUCAUGAAUCAUUUAUGGAAAGUUAAAAAUAUAAACACAUGCUUUUUAAAAAAAGAUAUGAAGCCUAUAUCAACCAAAAUCUAGAUUAAGAACCAUUGCCUUUACCUAUUUUUCUCUCGUUGAUAAGACAUUACGAAAACGUUCUCGAACGUUGCUGAUAUAAAUACUACAAAUAGACCAGACGUAAUUUCCUUAUUCUACAUGUCAGAGAUGCAUGUUUUCGCUACCCCGAGGUUGCAAAACGAUGCGUCCUGCUGAACGCAUUCCUGGUGUCUUGCAAGAGAUUGUCUGGCUUCUAGCGCCUCCAGGUGGCUAUUAAUUCGGCAUAUAAAUACUGAUUUGAUCUCAAAUAAGCUUGCAGUGUACUUUUCAAUGUAGAGAUAUUACUGCGACUCUAAAAACAUUAUGGAGAUACAGAUAUAUCGUCACUUUAAAUAGCCUUCAUUAUGUAGAUGUAGCCUACACAGGCAGUUUACAAUGCAGUGCAGGUGUCUACUAGAUUACGACAACAAAAGGGGUUGCCUUUUCGUUUUCAUACGUUUUCUUUAUAGCCUAUUUUUACAUUUGACACACAGAUUCGACAUUUUUAUGCACGGAAAAAAAUACAUAGAUUGUUCGAUUAACACUUAAAGCCUCUUAGAAAUGAUCUUUGAAAUUGUAGGCUAAUUUUUCCGAAAAGCUAUAUCCACCGAUUUUUCACAUUUGUGUUUUUCAUCGGAAAUGAUUGUUUCUGGGUACCUUAAUUUAUGUGUAAAAUAGUACUGUUCUCAGAUUUUCUUGUGUAUGAUUAUUAUACUUUUUUUGCAAAAUGUUAUACAUCCAUUGUUUAGCUGGAAUGGAAUGUUCAUAUCCUGUCAAAUGGAAAAUGUAGGCUAAUUGUUUUAGAUACAGAUCUCAUAUUACUGUAUGAAAAAAAGUUGAUUUAAAAAAUAUGUAUGUUGUGCCCUAAAUGUAUAAUUUGUACAUUUAUUUAUACACAUUUUUGUUACUUGUUACAUUUGACUCUGUAAAACCUAGCAGUACUACCUAUUUCCCUGAGAGUGAGGCGCAUAUGUAGCAUUUUGAAAAACACGUAAUUAUUUGUCUCUGAAAUGAAACCAUCAAGUGAUAGAUUUUAAACAAAUACAUAUCUGUCAUUGAACAACCCCAUGCCAUGAUUAGAUAUAGUGGGGGAAAAAAACCACUAACCUCUUUCAUAAUUUGUUUAAACAAUAAAAGCUAAUUUACCAACA